AUGAGGCUUGUCUUAACUGCCGGCGAAAGAAAACUCGUUGUCCCGCAGAAAAACCGGCAUGUUCAAGUUGUGUACGCCUCAAUCAACCUUGCUAUUAUACGUCUACCGUCAGAGCAGGGCGGGGAAGAUAGACUUGCAUCCUUGGAAGAGAAAGUAAACGCCAUUCUCAAUGGUUCAAGGUCAAACCGUGGUGAACAUGCACACGAGGAUGUCUCGGAAUCUUCAUACUCGGCAAAUACUCACCCCUCCUGUAGUGAUCCCGGUUACACCCUUAAUGACAUGCUCUCUCUCGGAUUCGGUCUCGAUAGUUCAAAUCAACAGCCACCCCAUACGUCUAUUAGCAGAGGAUUGGAUCUCUACUUUGAAUAUUGCCACAGACAGCCCAUUUGGUGCUUUGACCGUGAGGAUGUUGAAGACACGAGUUAUCUUCCUGAGGAGCUUGCUUGUAGUAUUUUGGCUCUCACUUCGCGCUUCUCGCGAGAUCGUGACCGAUUACAACACUACGGUGAUAGUGCAAGAAGUCUGAUCAUGCUUCGUGUUGCAAAUGGGACAGUGGAACUUGGAACGAUUGAGAGCCUGUGUCUUCUCUCCUACUCUUCAUUUGUUGACGGUAACAUGCAGCUGGGUCGAUUUUACCUUGGUCUUUCAUUUCAGCUCUGUCGGUCCGCUAUGCUUGAUUUUGAAUCAGCUUAUACAGCCGAAGAUCCCAUGACAGAGCGGAAGAGAAGACUAUUCUGGAGCCUUCAAUCACUAGAGCAAACAUACGGUCAGCAAAAUGGAUUUCUCAGUGUCCCCACCGAUAUUCUGCGCCCAGUUUAUGUUUCAACAUGCAGUGAUGGGCUGCUUAAGGAACCGGGCUCAAAGCAUCCGCCCUUUCCCAACGAUGAAAUUGGGUGUUCAACAUCAAGCGACAUCGGAAUCUGGAAUCUGGCAGCUCACAUCAACUGGGUUUGGAGUCGGGUACGAGCAUAUAUUGCCGACUGUGCUCAGAAUCGACUCAAGGAACCUUGGCGACACGAUUCUAUGUACUCCAUGGUACUGUCUGACUUGACAGAAAUUGAGAAUAAGCUUUCGCUAUGUCAUCGAUACGAGUCUGUCAAAUUUUAUGAGCGCGAAACAAACGAACUUGAAAUUAUGAGGGAUUACUGGUCCCCUUGGCUGAAGCUACAGUUUACCUACCAUUCGAUCCUCACUGUAUUGAACCACCCCUUUCUUUACAUCGUCGCGUCGCAGCAUAACCCCAAUCUCGCCAUCCCCAAUGCGUUUUGGAGACGAUCUUCGGAACAGGUACUGUUACAUGCUACCUGGAUUGUUCGAAUGAUCGAUAUGGUUUCAGACAAAAAUUUCCGACUGAUUGACCCUUUCUUUGGACAUGCUGCCGCAAUUGCAGCGACAGUGCAUUUGUACUAUUGUUGUGCUGCGGAUCCAAGAUUGAAACAUAAAUCAAAAGCGGACUUUACCAAAUGUCGCAGAUUUUUGAAAAGCUUUGUGUCUUUUUCUCCUGCAUGUGCAGGCUUGGACCGUUCCCUCGACAAAAUGACACGCAUCGCCUCUGGCUCUGACAACCUUGAAUUUGACUGGGCGCCUGGCAAAAUACAUCUGAGUAUACCUUUGAUGUGGGAUGUACUUGAAGUCAAUCCUGCCCCGGACCCUCAAGAAAUGUCCACUAGCGGUCUACUACAUCCUUCCCUGGCACCGACAGCAUCUCGAGUGGACUUAGAGGAGAGCUCCAGUUCUACACUUGAAAUAAUUGUUGCAAUGUCACCAGAAGUGACAGUCAACACUGCUGAUGGCGGCCAGGCCGUGCAUAUACCACCACGCAUGCCCAAAGUGUCUUCCACCCCUGUUUCCCCAAGUACUAUGGGGCUUCGAGAUGUUUUGGUUGCACCUGCCGACAGCCUGAUGUCGAAUACCCCUUGGUUAUGGACCGAUCCUACUCAGUUUGAUGACCUUGAGAGCCUGGAAUACCAAGACUCGGAGUCUACUGUUCCAAACCUUGAAGGAUUUUCCACAUGGUGGGACUAUGGGAAUCUCUAA